AUGAAGAUCGCCGCCGCCGUCAUUGUCGGCUCAGCCCUGGCUUCUUCUGCCCAGUCUAAGCCUACAGCUGACGAGAGAUACCCGUACAAUGGCCCCGAUGUCCCCAUUGGAGAUUGGGUCGACAAGACUGUCGAGGGAAACGGCAAGGGAUUUCCCCGUCUGGUCGAGCCGCCUGCUGUGAAGCCUGCCAAGGCGAAUCCCAGCAACAACGUCAAUGUCAUUUCUCUUUCCUAUGCGGGCAACGGGGUCAACAUUCAUUACCAGACUCCCUUUGGUCUCGGCGCCUCCCCUUCCGUGGCAUGGGGAACGAGCGCUGGCUCAUUGACCAGCAUUGUUACUGGAUCGAGCCGCUCGUAUGGCCGCACUCCGCCGUGCUCUCGGGUGGCCGUCACCCAAUGCAGCCAGUUCUAUCAUGACGUCCAGAUCCGCAACCUCAGCCCCGACACAACCUACUAUUACAAGAUCCCUGCCGCCAACGGCACCACUGCUUCCGAGGUUUUGAGCUUCAAGACUGCCCGCGAGGCCGGAAGCAAAAGGGCCUUUACUGUCGCCGUCCUCAACGACAUGGGGUACACCAAUGCCGGCGGCACUUUCAGGGAACUCAACAAGGCCGUCGACGAGGGAGUCGCGUUUGCCUGGCACGGCGGCGACAUCUCCUACGCAGACGACUGGUUUAGCGGCAUCCUGCCCUGCGCAAGCGACUGGCCAGUGUGCUACAACGGCACCGGCAGCGAGCUCCCCGGCGGCGUUACGCCCGACUAUGAGACUCCCCUUCCGGCGGGCGAGGUUCCCAACCAGGGGGGUCCUCGGGGCGGCGACAUGAGCGUGCUGUACGAGUCGAAUUGGGAUCUUUGGCAGCAGUGGAUCAACGGCAUCUCCAUGAAGGUGCCGUACAUGGUUCUGCCGGGAAACCACGAGGCUGCGUGUGCGGAAUUCGACGGGCCGGGUCAGCUGCUGGCUUCGUAUCUGAACAGGAACGAGCCCAACAGCACGUCGCCCAAGUCCAACAAGUUGACGUACUACAGCUGUCCCCCGUCACAGCGAAACUACACUGCCUACCAGCACCGCUUCCGCAUGCCCGGCCGAGAAUCCGGAGGCGUAACCAACUUCUGGUACUCGUUCGACUACGGCUUGGCCCACUUCAUCUCCUUCAAUGGCGAGACGGACUAUCCCUACAGCCCCGAGUGGCCGUUUGCGCGGGACGUCAGGGGUGGUGAGUCCACGCCCAAGGAGAACGAGACCUUCAUCACCGACAGCGGUCCAUUCGGCGCUGUUGACGGGAGCAUCUACACCAAGGAAUCGUACGAGCAAUACCGCUGGCUGGAGAAGGACCUUGCCAGUGUCGAUAGGGAAAAGACACCAUGGGUCAUCGCCAUGAGCCAUCGACCCAUGUACAGUUCACAGGUGUCGGCGUACCAGAAAAACAUGCGGGAUGCGUUCGAGGGCCUGUUCUUGAAGUACGGUGUUGAUGCGUACCUGUCUGGCCACAUUCACUGGUAUGAGCGAACGUUUCCCCUCGGGAACAACGGCACCAUCGACAAGGCCGCGAUUAUCAACAACAACACGUACCGCACCAACCCCGGCAAAUCCAUCACGCACAUCAUCAACGGCAUGGCUGGCAACAUUGAGAGUCACAGCACUCUUUCCAAGGGCCAGUCUCCGCUGAACAUUACCUGCGUGCUGGACCAGUCACAUUACGGGUUCAGCAAGCUGACCAUUCACAAUGAGACGGUGCUGACGUGGUCGUUUGUCAAGGGGAGCGACGGGAGCAGCGGCGACGACUUUACCCUCGUCAAAAAGGGGUCCGGUUCUGGCGGCCGCAAUUCGACUAUGACUUCUCAGUCUGUUAUUGCUGCCACGGAUAAGACGACCGGCACAAGCACAAGCACCGCUGCUGCGGGUGGCAUCACCACCGUCACCGAGGUGGUCAACUCUUAUACCACCUACUGCCCUGGCUCGACGACGUUUACGCAAGGUCCCAGGACAUAUGUUGUGUCCGAGGCGACUACCUUGACGAUUACCGACUGUCCUUGCACUCUGACGCACACCAAGUCUCUGCCAAGCGCCGGCAUUUCACCCGCCGUCAUCUCCGGCAACAGAACGGCUGCUCCGUCCGGAAACGUCCCCGACAAAACCGAGGGCGGCUCGAGCCUUGCGCAUCUCACAUCCGGAGGUCAGCAGCCUACUCCUGCAGGACCUACAUCCAGCCCAGUGGGAGCUGCGGGCACGACUGCUUCCGUGUUUGUAGCCCAGGGCGGUCGAGUUGGUGCGGAUGCUUCUCUUGUUGGAUUUGUAGCUCUUGCUGCGGCUGCGGCUCUGAUGUAG